CGUAGACAUAAUUUCAUAAACUCGCUAUCGACGCUGCCGGCAUCCCGCAAGCCGUCGUAUCGAGCCGCUGCUACUUAAGUCGUCCCUACAGCUGAUGCCGAUGAGAUGCAGACCUUUGUCCCAAAGGCCCGUCGUCCACGCUUUGAUUUCAAGCUCAAGAUAUACGACUUGAACAACGUGCCCCUGGUUUCCGGCACAUGUUUUGUCAAAUGGCACCUCCCUUCGUCGAGUGCUGCCGAGCAUCGCGGCCGAACAACCAAAUGCAACAUCAAGGAUCACAAGGUCGUCUUCGACUAUGAGAAACAGACUCCUGUGCGUCUCGUCAUUGGCAAGGAUCAGAUGUUACAAGAGCUGUGGAUUCAUCUCGAGAUCAUACAAGAAUACUCCAGCGGCGGCAAGGGGGAGAGGAUCACUCUCGGAAACAUCAAGCUCAAUCUGGCCGAAUAUGUCGACACCAACGACCAUGGCCAUGACUCGGAUGAAGGUGUCACGAGACGCUACCUCAUGCAAGACAGCAAGAUCAACAGUACCUUGAAGGUUUCUCUCCACCUGAAGCACUUGGAGGGUGAUAGAAGCUACUAUGCCCCUCCCUUACGCACCGCCCCUGUCUUUGGUGGUAUCGCAGGUAUCAUGUCUCAGGAGGUUGCAGAGGCUACCGAGGAAGGCAGCAACAUGCCCUCACUAUCAAACAAAAGCCGUGAGAACGGCGAACUACAAGACAUGUACCGCCGAACUCUCGCUGCAUCCUGGGUGGCCCAGCCAGGGGAAUUACGAGCCGACGACUGUAUCAAGGACAUCUUUGCUGGCGGAGAUGGUUGGGGCUCCCACCUCGACCACGUUCAGCACACUCAGCACCUCAAUCCUAGUAGUGACGAGGACAAGUCUCGAUCAGCCAACCUAACACCAACAGACAAUUUCACCAGAUCACCACGCUCCAAGAGCCCUCUCCUGGGCCAUCAACGCAAUGUCAGCAAAGAAAGUGUACAGUCAGACAGACGCAAAGGAUUCGACGGCUGGGCCAAAGAUGCUUCUUCUGCCAUGGGUGGCAAUCUCGGCAAACAAGGCGCCUUUGGAGGUCGAAGUAGUCUGCAUCAGCAAGCCAUGAAGUUCGAGUUGGAGUCUGCUAAACGCAAACCCAAGGCAGGACAGGGCGAGAUUGAUGAGUUCGACAACCCUUGGCGUGAGGACUUAAGGUCGUGGAAAAUUGGAAACAUGAUUUGAUGAUGUUAUUUGAUACCCCCC